AUGGAUCUUAUUUUUCCCAGAAAAUUAUUAUUUCUUAAUUACAUAACCUGUUCAAAAGUCGUUACUAAGAUGGGUUGUACCAUCUCGUGCCGUCCUUGUUGUUGCUGCUGUAUCCCGGGCUUGUGCUGCGACUGCUGUAAAGAGCCCCCGCGCACUGUCGUUCAUCAUCAUGUAAUUCAAGUUCCUGCUCAACACACCCCUUCAGUCAUCAUUAAUCAACCUCCACCUCCGUAUAAAUAG